AACACACACGCGCGCGCGUGGGGAAAACACUACGCGAGACUUUCGCGGGACACCGUUCAAGUAUGGAGGACAGUUCAGAAGAUAAAAGUUCCCUAAGGUCUGUGCAACACGUUAUUUUGGUCUUAUCUGGAAAAGGUGGGGUGGGAAAAAGCACCGUGGCAUCUCAAUUGGCUUGCACGCUAUACAAGAUGGGAAUGAAGGUAGGAUUGUUAGAUGUGGACCUGUGUGGCCCAAGCAUUCCUCGGAUGAUGAAAUUAGAAGCGGCAAAUGUUCAUCAAUGUUCCGAUGGAUGGGUGCCAGUGUAUACCAGUUCUGACCAAAGGCUCGGAGUAAUGUCUAUUGGUUUCUUGCUCUCAAAUCGUGAUGAGGCAGUCGUAUGGAGAGGACCUAAGAAAAAUUCCAUGAUAAAACAGUUUAUAACAGAUGUUUGUUGGGGAAAUUUGGACUAUUUGAUUAUUGAUACACCUCCAGGCACUUCUGAUGAACAUAUAACUGUUGUGGAAAGUUUAAAACAUUUCAAUCCAGAUGGGGCCAUCCUUGUAACCACACCACAGGAGGUUUCUGUAAAUGAUGUUAGACGCGAGCUAUCAUUUUGCCAUAAGACAGAGGUACCUGUACUUGGUAUAAUAGAAAACAUGAGUGGGUUCAUAUGUCCGCAUUGUUCAGAAUGCAGCAAUGUUUUUUCAAGUGGAGGUGGUGAAGCUCUUGCAAAGCAAUGUGGUGUCCCAUUCCUAGGCUGCAUACCUUUGGAUCCAAAUCUUGCCAAAUGUCUUGAGGAGGGCGAGGAUUUUCUACAGUCAUUCCUAGAGUCAGAAGCUAGCAAAAGUUUUAACAAAAUUGUCACAGACCUUGUUUAUUUAGGUGGCAGAAUGAACACUUCAAAUUAAUAUAGAAUUGCAAAUACUAUUUGUGUUCUUUUGUAUAUAAAUAAAACUGUUUUGGUCCUUGAGUCUUGGUUUAUACAU